AUGGAAACUAGUAUAAGGGAGAUCUUUCCCCAAUUUGGCACUUACCGUGCCUCCAGUGAUGCUUCCCUUUUCUCAAGCUCGUUGCCCGUUCUUCCCCACGAGAAGUUGAACCUGAGUGUACCAGAACGUGAUCGUCAACCGAUCGAGGGCGCCUCUUCUGGUUUGAACAAACUUCAUCCUGAAGUUGAGUACAAUGACUUGCUUAAAGACAUUGAAAAUUAUGCAAUUGGAAGCAUGCUCCCUGAUGAUGAGGAUGAACUUCUAGCUGGGAUAAUGGACAAUUUUGACCUUGGCGGGUUGCCCAAUCACAUGGACAACUCUGAAGAAUAUGAUCUUUUUGGCAGUGGAGGGGGUUUAGAAUUGGAAUCCGAUCCACAGGAAAACUUGGGUGUGGUUUUCUCAGAAGCGAGUUUAUCUAAUGGUGUUGUUGGCAAUGCAGUGGUCCAUUACGGUCUUCCAAAUGGCUCAGGAACUGUUGCUGGAGAACAUCCUCUUGGAGAACAUCCUUCCCGAACAUUAUUUGUCAGAAACAUCAAUAGUAAUGUUGAGGAUUCAGAGCUUAGAUCUCUCUUCGAGCAAUAUGGUGAUAUCCGAACUUUGUACACAACAUGUAAACAUAGAGGGUUUGUGAUGAUAUCUUAUUACGAUAUCCGUGCUGCUCAAACUGCUAUGCGAGCAUUGCAAAAUAGGCCACUCAGAAGGAGAAAACUGGACAUUCACUUCUCAAUUCCUAAGGAAAAUCCAUCAGAUAAGGAUAUUAAUCAAGGAACUCUUGUCGUGUUUAAUUUGGAUCCAUCAGUUUCUACUGAUGACCUCCUCCAAAUAUUUGGUGCUUAUGGCGAGGUCAAAGAGAUAAGGGAAACCCCGCACAAGAGGCAUCAUAAAUUUAUUGAGUUUUAUGACGUCAGAUGUGCAGAAGCUGCACUUAGAUCCUUAAAUAGAAGUGAAAUAGCUGGGAAACGAAUAAAGCUAGAGCCUAGCCGCCCUGGGGGUGCCCGAAGAAGUCUGAUAUUCCAGCUGAAUCAAGAUCUUGAACAAGACGAGUCGCGAAGUUUACGCCACCAAAUGGGCUCACAAAUUAGGAAUUCUCCCCCCGGUGAUUGGCCAGUGUUUGGCAGCCCAAUGGAAUGCAGCUCAAUGAGUCCAGUAGGAAAGGGUUUUCCUGGAUUAGCUGCAAUUUCACAACUGUCGAAUUCUUCAAAGUUGGCAUCCAUUGGCGAUGAAUAUUCAAGGGGUAGUCAUUUAGAGCAUUUAUUGACAAAUAGAUAUUCUAGCCAAAGAGGUGUCUUUGAACAGUCUCAUUCAUUUCCUGAGCAAAAAUCAAGUCUUUAUUCUGGAAACGUGCACUCUUUUGUCUCUUCCAGUUCAAAUAGACCAAGUGUUGAGACAUUGUCUGGACCACAAUUUCUUUGGGGAAGUCCUAAGCUAUACACCAACCAGUCCAGUUCCUCUGCCUGGAAAACACCACCUGUUAGACAUCCUUUUACGUCCAAUGGACACCAUCGUCUUCCAAACACUGAUGAGCAUGGAAUUUUAAACUAUACAUCUCAACAUCACCAUAACCAUAACAAUGUUGGAUCUGCUCCAUCUGGCGUUCCUUUUGAACGACACUUGGGGAUUUUCCAGGAAUCGCUGGAGGCGUCAUUUAUGGCUGGUAAUGAUCAGAAUUUCAUGAUAAAUAUGGACGCUUGCGGUGCUAUGAAUUUUGGUUCUGUUUCCAGGAACAUGUUGGAAAAUGGUUCUUCAGGUUUUAGCAUGAUGUCUUCUCCUAGACUUAGUCCUAUGUUCCUGGAUGACAGUCAUUUUCCUGGAUUGGCAGCCUUAGACUUGGAGGGUCCAGCUGAACGUGGGAGGCCUCAUCAUGUCGAGAACAACGGGAGCCAAAUGGAUAACAGGAGACAAUUUCAGCUUGACUUGGAUAAGAUUAGAAGUGGCGAAGAUACUCGAACGACUCUAAUGAUAAAAAAUAUCCCGAACAAAUAUACUGCCAAGAUGUUACUAGCUACUAUUGAUGAGCAUCACAAGGGUACUUAUGAUUUUCUCUAUUUGCCCAUUGAUUUUAAGAACAAAUGCAAUGUUGGCUAUGCAUUCAUCAACAUGUUGUCUCCAUCACAUAUUAUCUCAUUUUAUGAGGCAUUUAACGGGAAGAAAUGGGAGAAGUUCAACAGCGAGAAAGUUGCUUGUUUAGCGUAUGCUCGAAUCCAGGGAACAGCAGCCCUCAUUGCUCACUUCCAAAAUUCUAGUUUGAUGAAUGAAGAUAAGCGUUGCAGGCCCAUUCUCUUUCAUUUGGAGAAUUCUGAAUCUGGUGGCAAUCAAGCGGGACAUAUUUCUUCCAGUAAUUUGAACAUGCAAGUCAGUCAGUCGAGGGAAAUGGAUCCCACAAAUAUUCCUGGAAGCACUAGGAAGGGUUUCUUGGGUGAUGAUGUGGAGAAGCAAUAG